ACCUUAUCCGGCAACCCUCCCACGUGGCACAGCAACAUUCACAAUGGUUGAAGAAAUAUUUCAUCGAUCGGCGUAGCACUACAAGUCUACAACUUUACUGUAAGUUAUAAGGCUAUAUGUCUGGCAACGGAAAUGCAGAAAGCAUCGUAUGAAGCAGUAUCCUCAUUUUUACUUGUGCAGGACUGGUGGACAAAUGAAACGCAAUGCAGUGCACCGCUGCCUUCUUAUCAACGAGAUUCUAGAGAGAAUCGCCGACUACACGACGGGCAUACUAGGGCAAGAAAAGGUCACCGUUCAGAGUCUUGCAUUGUCUUGUCGGGCAUUCUCUUCCCCUAGUCUCGAUGUUUUGUGGCGAAACCUCCACGGUAUCUACCCUUUGCAACGUGUUCUUCAACUCCGAAGUCAUCUGGAGGAUGAAUCUGCGUCUGACAUUGACAACAAAGCCAUAACAAGGGUACCAGGCCCCGAUGAUUGGAGACGAUUUUACAAGUACGCAAAUCGCGUCAGGCAUUUGACGCAUUUGCUGCUCGACCCGGUUGACGCGGUCACGCUACAGUGCUGGAGCAUUCACAAACCUCAUCGUCAUCUUCUUCCUAACAUUCAAGGACUUGUAUGGGUGGAUCCGCGGACAGAAUAUUCCCUUUUCCCAUCGCUCUUCAUCGGCCCAUCGUUAACAGAUGUUACGGUUCAUGUAGUAUCCGACGGGGAGGCCUUGCAUCUAUGGGACACCUUGCGAUAUUCAGCGCCUCGACUUCGAAAAGUCUUCGUACACUUAGCCGAUUUCGACACGUCCCCCAUUUCACUAAAUGCGUACCACCAGGCAAUACGCUCAUGGUCGAACCUUACCCAGCUUGAGUUGCUCGAAAAUCCUAGGGUGUUUCCUCUACAGACCGAGGCUAUUGUAUACCUCUCUCAACUACCAAGUCUUGACACGCUGGAGAUAUCACUGGCAGACGACUUCGACCUCUCCAUACUAUCGGAAGGCAUGCCGAAUGCGUUCUUCAGCUCCAUAUCGACCCUAGCCCUCGAGAUUCCAAACUUCGGUGUGCUACGUGCUGUGGGUGUCAUUCUAGAAAAGAUGCCCUCACAAAAGCUUAGACACCAUCGCAUUAUGCUGGUAGAGCAACCCACAGCAGCUGAAAUAGGGAGAUAUCUGCAAGCCGUUGCACGCCAUAUUCACCUAGUAUCCUUUUCAUUAUCUCAUGAUGAGGACAUGACGUUCAAAAUGAGUGCAGAUUACGAGCUUAAGGGGGAAAUAUUGGCGCCACUAUUUGGUCUUCAUUUGCUUGAAAAUUUCGAAGUGUCCACAUUUCCCAUCCGAUUUUCGAGGGAAACCCUUAUUAAAAUGGCCGAAUCCUGGCCAAACAUCAUCGACUUUCAUUGUCCUACCGACGACGUGGACCAUGGUCACAUUCCCGAAAUUUCUCUCGCAGACUUGGAGAUCCUCGCAACCAAAUGCCCUAAAUUGUCAACCCUUGCCUUGCCACUCGACAUGACCCCACCUCCACCCGAAACUCUUCCUUCGCGGCGACCGAUCAGAGAUCGUUGCACCAGUCUCAAUAAGACUCUGAUGUUGUACAUAGGGAAGUCCAUCGUGCGAAACCCGCUUGAUGUGGCUGCGUUCUUGACAAGUUUGUUUCCGCACGUCAGGGUUUGGGAUAAGCAAGGACGUUGGGAUCCGGCGAGAUCGGACGGACUGGCGCAGCUAAAUUCAGCCAUUUCAGCGUUCAAAUUUGUUCGAGAACAAGAACGACUUGCGGCAUAGAUUGAGUGUCCGUUGGAGGAGGGUAUAGGUAUUGCUUUGACGGGGACAGCCAGCCUCAGUCAUCGUGGUUCUACUAGGAAUUAUUUUUUUUCCUAGGGGAAUGGAUGUAGAUUUGCCCACUCAUGCAGGUCGGGGUAAAGCUACGACCCAGGCGAACGAGGAGCCUCAGGUUCGACAUCUUCGGUCGCUACAAUACACAUCAGAAUAGACCGAGACGUUAAGCAACUCGAGAGCAUUCGUGACUAUUCGCCGAACAUCUAGAUAAGGUCUUCUAGGGCUUUCCAGCCCAUACCUCAGAUAAAAACUCCUCGACGCCCGUGAAUUUAUACGACGGAAGGAGCUUAUCCCAAUCGUCAGUUCGGAUGGUGUAAGCACCCUUCGUGAUUCCAAUAAGAAUGCCUUUCAACGCUACCUUCGAGAAGGACUCGACUUCUUCCUUUGGUAUAGAUGGAUGCCCGACCACAGGGAACCAAGACGUGUUGAUAUUUCCUGUUUCGAGGUCCUCCAACUUGAUCGUCUCGACUGAAAAUGGUUGCCCUGUGGAAGCGCAUCAACAGGUAUUAUAAGGGGACCGACGUGGAGUGGAACUGAACAGACCUCUGAUUUUCUCUCCCAAGACCAGGAUCUGUCCAAUUGUAAGGUAGUUGCCACGGAUGCCCCCGACCAAAGGCCAUUCGCCUUCGAAGUCUAUGGCCUCAGCGACUACAUUUGCGAGAUCCUCAGCUUUGGUAAAGGUCAAGCCAUCGAUAUCGUUGCGACCUUCCACUACGAUAGCACGGCGAUUCUGGAAGUCGAAAGGAAGCGAGAGGGGGGUAAUAUGUUUAGCCGUCUUGUGAGGAAACGCAAGGUAAUCUGAAAAGAGGCCACAUUGGAACAAGCAGUAUUCCAGGACCUACACGAAAGGAUGCUCAAUGUGACGGCACAGAAUUAAAACGAAGAACCCAAUGUACCUUCUUCUCUCCGUUC